GUGUGUGUGUGUGUGUGUGUGUGUGUGUGUGUGUGUGUGUGUGUGUGUGUGUGUGUGUGUGUGCGGGAAGGCACAGAAGCUGCAGCCCUGCCUAUUAUUCCCGUUGACGUCCCUCCCUCCGGCUCUUGUCACGGUCGCCAGUUCUUUUCCGAGGGAUGCUGUUUUUUUUUUAUAGUUCAAUGAAUAUGUUUCUGACACAGGAAACAUGUUUGUUUUGAUUUCCACGCGGCUAAGCUAAUUGAGUUGUACCGCAUGUAAUUCUUUCUCUUUUUUAAAGCGAAGCCACGGCUAUGGGUUUUAUAAUACGAGAAGGUCACUGUACAUCCGUCGGUUCUUUAUCGGCAGUUUUGCCCCCCAGUCAUUGAUUUCUCCGGGCCUUGUGUUCCUCCACGGGGAGAGAUGUUGAUCGGUACUUCUGGUGCUGUUACUUUUUGCCAGGGAGCGCUUGAUUUCGGACGCAUCGGCGUCUUUGUCCACCUAAAUACAUUUUCUUAACUCCGCGUCCAUGGUCGAAGCGGGUCCUCCUUGUGCGUUUUUGUCUCCAUCGAUGUUGUUCACAUCGGUUCAACACUCAACUAUGUAGCUUCCCCUUUCUCUGAAGGUACUUGAAAAGCUGUCUGAAUAAUAGCAACCGAAAUGGUACGAUAACGACUGGGAAACGAAACCUAUCGGUAGGUUUGUAAUUUAUUUAUUAUUAUUAUUCCAAGAUGAGACUACAACGGUCUGGGAAGCCUCUCUCCCACCGACACCGGGCAGCCAUGAAGUGGAUUUAACGCCAAUGUAUAGCCGGUUGCACCGCUCUUUUCGCUGCAUCACUUCUCGGUGAUCGCUGUCGCCUUUAUCCAACACGAUGAUGGAAAUUGUUUUACAAGAAACCCACCAAUAGCUCAUUUUUAAAACCCCGGUUUCAACCGGCGAAGAGAGGCAUAUUUUGCCCCCAGGAACAGCGACAGCCUGCUUGGCAAGACUGCUGCUGCUCUGCGGCCAAAGCCAACUCUAUAUCCAGGGUGCUGUCCUAAUCCCGGGAAAAACAUCCGUUCCUAACCGACCAGAGACGGUGAAGAUCACUCAGGGACAAUGUCUUCACGCACAGCACUGCCCGGUAUCGAGCGGACCUCGGAUCAUCAUAGCUCCUUGUCGGCCAGCCGCUCAGAGAAGAGCACCGGUUGGUCGAGCCGGUCGCUGGGCGCCAGAUGUCGGAACUCCAUUGCGCUGUGCUCCGACGAGCAGCCGCACAUCGGGAACUACCGGCUGCUCAAGACCAUCGGCAAGGGCAACUUCGCCAAGGUCAAGCUGGCCCGCCACAUCCUGACGGGCAGAGAGGUCGCAAUAAAGAUCAUCGAUAAAACCCAGCUCAACCCGACCAGCCUACAGAAGCUGUUUCGAGAGGUCCGCAUCAUGAAAACACUCAACCACCCCAACAUAGUGCAACUGUUUGAGGUGAUUGAGACGGAGAAGACUCUGUACCUCAUAAUGGAGUACGCAAGCGGAGGCGAGGUGUUUGACUACCUCGUGUCUCACGGGAGGAUGAAGGAAAAGGAGGCCAGAGCCAAGUUCAGACAAAUUGUGUCAGCUGUCCACUACUGCCAUCAGAAGCACAUCGUCCACAGAGACCUGAAGGCUGAGAACCUCCUCCUGGACGCCGACUCCAACAUCAAGAUCGCCGACUUCGGCUUCAGCAACGAGUUCACGAUGGGCAGCAAGCUGGACACCUUCUGCGGCUCCCCGCCCUACGCCGCCCCGGAGCUCUUCCAGGGCAAGAAGUACGACGGCCCCGAGGUGGACAUCUGGAGCCUGGGGGUCAUCCUGUACACGCUGGUCAGCGGCUCGCUGCCCUUCGACGGGCAGAACCUCAAGGAGCUGAGAGAGCGGGUCUUGCGGGGGAAGUACCGCGUCCCCUUCUACAUGUCUACCGACUGCGAGGGAAUCCUGCGGCGUUUCCUGGUACUCAACCCCACCAAACGCUGCACCCUAGAGCAAAUCAUGAAGGACAAGUGGAUGAAUGUGGGCUAUGAGGGAGAUGACCUGUUACCUCACAUAGAGCCUGUUGAGGACUACAACAUCACCAGUCGCAUCGAGGUGAUGGUGGGCAUGGGCUACUCCCGGGACGAGAUCAAAGACGCGCUGACCACCCAGAAGUACAACGAGGUCACCGCCACCUACCUGCUGCUGGGGCGCAAGUCUGAGACUGAGGGGGGUGAUUCUCGCUCUGCCAGCUGUCUCAGUCUGUCCCGGGUGCGUCCCGGCAGCACCAUUACCAACGGGACCAGCAAGCACUCCUCCUCAUCAUCGACGGGACCGGCCUCUUCCUCGUCCUCGGCCCACAAGGCCCAGCGCAGCGCCUCCACCUACCAGAGGCAGAGACGCCACUCUGACUUCUGUGGUCCGGCAGCACCGGGCUCCGCCCAUCCCAAGAGAAGUCCUAGCGGCGUCGGCGAGGGGGCGGGGCUUAAGGAGGAGCGCAUGUCCAUCCGCAAGGCCAGCACUAACACGGUUGGCUCUCGUAGCAUCCCCACCCCCUCCAGCCCGAUGGUGAGCUCCGCCCACAACCCAAAUAAGGCAGAGAUCCCCGAUCGCAGGAAGGAAGUCAACGCAACCACGAACAACAUCCCGGCCAGCGCCAUGACCCGCAGGAACACGUACGUGUGCACGGACCGCAACAGCACCGAGCGGAGCUCACUGCUGCAGAACGGGAAGGAGAACAGCGCCGUCUCCCACCGCCUCCCGCCCGCCUCCCCCUCCACCCACAGCAUCGCCGGGGCGUCCGGAGCCUCCUCCACCGCCUCCACCCCCACAUCCCGGCUGGCCAGAGGCACGUCCGUCCGGAGCACCUUCCACGGGGGGCAGAUCCGGGACCGCCGUCCUCCCUCCCACGUGCCCCCGGUCUCCCCCACGCUGUCCCACGACGCCACCCCCCUCCCCCACGCGCGCACCCGCGCCACCACCAACCUCUUCAGCAAGCUCACCUCCAAGCUGACUCGCAGGGUCACUCUUGACCCCUCUAAACGUCCGGGCUCAAACAAGUCUGUGUCGGGCUGCCCUCUGCCCCAGGGAACCAAACCUGUUAGGUCACAGACGAACCUGAGAGAAUCAGCAGAUCUCCGGUCUCAAGCCUCCGCCUCCGCCCAGCCUCAGACUCAGCCUCUGGUUAGGGCCAGCAGUCGCCAUCUACCUGGGCAUCAGAAGGCGCUGGAGCCCCGGGCCCCCCGAUGCGGCUGGGAUGUGAGGGUGCGGAGCCAGCGGGACCCGGCCGAGGUGGUGCUGGCGCUGCGCGAGGCGGCCCAGAGCUGCGGCUGCCAGGUCCACCAGGCCGGCCCCUUCCUGCUGUCCUGCACGCACGGCGCGGCCGGCGCCCGCGUGGCCUUCGAGGCCGAGGUGUGCCAGCUGCCCGGCGCCAGGGGCCCCCCCGGGGCUUCCGCCGGCCCCGCCGGCGCCCUCGCCGCCGUCCCCGCGCAGAGCAGUGGCGUGCGCUUCAAGCGCCUGUGGGGCGCGCCACUCGCCUUCAGAGACAUCGCCACCAAAGUGUCUAAGGAGCUGGAGCUCUGAGGGCGGGGCGUGGGGGGCGGGGGCGGGGCCACGCCGCACAGGGACAGGGCGGGGCUACGGGGAGGACGACGACGACGGAGGAGGAGGAGGAGGAGGAUCGAGGAAGAUGAGGGUGAGGAGGCGAAGAGCCGCUCGCCGUCAUCUCCUCCUGCUCCUCCUCCUGCUCCUUCUCUCCGCGCGGCGGACGCCCGGCCUCCGGCAGGGACACGCCUCUUCUCCCAGCGGGAGAAACAACGGACGCACAGACACGGAUAGAGCGCCCUCUGCAGGCUGAUGAAGACGAUGGUGACGACUGGAGCUGCCACCUUUGAACCCCCUUGCGUAGGAACCACCACCCCCCCACCAACUCGUGACCUCAUGGAGUCAACCGUCUUUUCCCCUCCAUGAUUCCACAUUUGCCGACGAGAAUGAGCAACUCUGUUUUCUCAUUUUCACUCCUAUUGUAUCAUAUUUGUCAUCAUUCCUUUUUAAAGAGCUGCUAUUUAAAGACUUUUGUUUUAUUUGUUACAUAGUAUUUUGUUAUUGUUGUAUGCUUUUAGAAUGGGCAGGUGAUUAUUGACCUCUGUUGUUUUACAUUUUGGGUCAUGUUGGCGGAGGAUGUUUCCCACCACGAUUUUAAAACGAGAGGGCGCAGUCUGUUUCUCGGCCUCUAGAGGGAGAUGUGCAGAGACUCGCGUCAGUUCCCCUUCACUCGGUUGAGCUGUAGACACAUGUUAAGACGUUCUGUCUGUCCAUUCGUCCAUGGCACCUGUUUUACUGUUCAUGUUGUUUUUAUUGUACCUUGGUACAAACACAUCCCAGUCGGUUCUCAGUCUGCCUACAAACGGAUCGGUAGCUAAACACGACGUUCCCUCACUAGCGAAGCUGCCCCCUGUCCCAUAAUGACACGUAGGUUAGCGGAACAUCACUACUUGUCCACACGAUGAAAUAAAAGGAUGUACUAUACUCCUGUUUUUAUUUUCCUGCACCUUUCACCACACGAUAGAUCUACAUGGGAAGAGUAAGGUCCAAACAAGCAUUGGAAACAAAUAACUUAUUCAAGAGUCCUAGAAAAAGGAGACUGUUACGGUGUGUUAACGGUGAAAGGAAAAACAAGGUUUUCCAACUCAGAGAAUGCUGUUUUUUUUUAUUUUCGAAAGGGAUACAUUUAAAAUAAUGUCUGAUUGUUUGUAUGCUUGUCAGGGAGGUGGAGGUCGUGAAGAUGGAUGACCAGUGAUGUCUAAGGAUUCUAUUGAGUGACGUGCUUUGUAUCCACCUCCAGUACAGGGACUGUAUGGUCCGCUCUCCUUACUCCAAUCUUCACUAAUUUAGAUCCAAAUCUCAAGCAUAACACACAGCAGCGCAGACUACAUUUCAGUGGAAACAGUCAAACCGUGGUGACAAACAUGUCUGUUGGGGAAAUACUAAAAGUGUACUCUCUUGUCUCCUACCUGAAAACCGGUUUGGAUUACUUUGUUGUCGUUGAUGCCGUUUGGGCAGUCCUAGCUGCGCCUGGAAGCCACUGUACACCCCGCGAAUCCCACCAGCCAUACAACACGUCUUAACAGUGUCUACAAAUGCAGACUUACCCAACAGCCAAUCUGUGUUUGACACUCGCUUGUUUCACUAGUAGAACCUGUAGAAUUAGCCACUGUAGUGAUAACGUCACUUCAUGUGAUGAGUUCAAACAGUAUUUGUUUCCUGCUGCCGUGCUGUUCCGUACUGUAGCAAUGGCCGUAGGUCUUGGUCGAUGUGUUUAUGCGGUAAGACCGGUUCGACGACUAAUAGACGCAAGACGCCCUUUCAACACAGAAAAGCCACCAUGUGUUCAUUGAAAGCAACAUUGAUUUGAAUACUCUUCUGUCCCGUCCUAACAUCACUUCCCUAUUUUCAGACCCCGAGUAGCAACACGCUGAACCCUGGUGGCCACACCCUUGGCCUUGUGUUGACCAAUCACACUGCAGUACUGUUAAGGGGGCGUUACGACUGUUGACCCAUCACCUUUGCGUGUUUUCUCAAACGGUGUAGGACUGUUGCGGCGUUGGUCUGGUUGGUACCAUCGGGCCACUGCAGAACCUGGAUGCAUGUGUGAAGUCGGUGUAGCGUUGGUGUCUUCAGCUGUGGAGAGCUAAGGAGGGGGCGUGAAUGAAAUUGCUGACCUUGAAUGACCUCGGUAGGAUGUAGGGUACCCCUCUAUAAAUAAAUAAAGCCACUAACUUAAUAGAAUGUAGCCACUGGACUGGACCCUGGAGCCUGCUCACACGUAUGGUGCAAAGUUCUCUGAACGUAAUCCCAUUUGGUACUAUGUUUGCAGAAAAAUAGGCCGAAGCAUUUGUUGUGUUGACGUUUUUUGAACCAUCUGACUAAACGUGGACUUCUGAAUGUCGACGGUGAAGUGUAAGGACAGACUUCAUAUUUCUACCGCUGUGAUGACUAAUACUUUACCGGGAGACCUGCAGUCCCAUCCAUGAUGGCCACCACUGUCUUAAAUGUUAAAGCUGUGAUUUAGGGCUAAUCCUUUGCCAACUCUUUUUCUGUUCAGUUAUUUUUUGGUCCACCACUCCGUACUUUCCGACUGUACUGUCAACGAACAUGAAGCGGGCCACGCUGUGAGACCAGAGCGUUUUGUUGUAGUGUGUGUUGAGGCAGUUGCUUUUAUCAAUGAUACUUACGGGCUGAAUAACCGAUGACCGACCUGCAGUCCGGCUGCAUGUCUCCAAGGAAACCAUGUGUGACGCAAACUCAAUAAAGACUUUCAAACCAC